CGUUCUUCACCGGUGUUCCUCACAUCCUUUAGCAGAUUGAUAGUUCACAGAGCUGCAGCCAUGGAGGAGGCAAAACAGAAAGAGAAUAAACAUGCUGAAAAGAAAGACGAGAAGACAAAGGACAAGGAGAAGGAUAAGAACAAGAAAGAGGAGCAAGAAUUGUCUGAUGAAGACAAACAGUUGAAAGAGGAUCUGGAGAUGAUGGUGGAGAGACUUGGCGAUGAGAACACAGAGCUGCAUCGUCCAGCAUUAGAAGAGCUGCGUAGACUAAUCCGCUCCUCAACCACCUCCAUGACCUCAGUGCCAAAGCCCCUGAAGUUCCUGCGCCCACACUAUGGCAAACUCAAAGAGAUCUUCGAAGGCAUGGCUCCUGGAGAGAACAAGUGUUUCUGUGCUGAUGUGGUGUCAGUGCUGGCCAUGACAAUGAGCGGUGAGAGGGAGUGUCUCAAGUAUCGUCUGUCGGGCUCGCAGGAAAAGCUGGCCUCUUGGGGACAUGAAUAUGUCAGGCACCUGGCAGGUGAGGUGGCCAAGGAGUGGCAGGAGGUGGAGGAGAAUGACAAGACCCAGCAGGAGACACUGUUGAAACUCGUGAAGGAGAUUGUGCCCUACAACAUGGCCCACAAUGCUGAGCAUGAGGCGUGUGACUUGUUGAUGGAGAUCGAAAGGCUGGACAUGCUCGAAGACUACAUUGAUGAAAAUGCUUAUGGAAAAGUCUGCCUCUACCUCACUAGCUGUGUGAGUUAUGUCCCUGAGCCAGAAAACUCAGCACUGCUUAGAUGUGCCCUGAACAUCUUCCGAAAUUUCAACCGUUAUCCCGAGGCCCUGCGACUGGCCCUGAUGCUCAACGAUGUGGAGCUGGUAGAAAACAUCUUCACGUCCUGCAAAGACAUCGUCAUCCAGAAGCAGAUGGCCUUCAUGUUGGGUCGCCAUGGAAUGUUCCUGGAGCUUAAUGAGGACGUAGAAGACUAUGAGGACCUGACGGAGAUCAUGUCUAACGUGCAGCUAAACAGCAACUUCUUGGCCCUGGCCAGAGAGUUGGACAUCAUGGAACCCAAAGUCCCAGAUGACAUCUACAAAACACACCUGGAAAACAACAGGUUUGGAGGCAGUGGAUCCCAGGUGGACUCUGCUCGUAUGAACUUAGCCUCCUCCUUUGUGAAUGGCUUUGUCAACGCAGCUUUUGGACAGGACAAGCUGCUCACAGAUGAUGGCAACAAGUGGCUCUACAAGAACAAGGAUCAUGGCAUGUUGAGUGCUGCAGCCUCCCUUGGUAUGAUCUUGCUGUGGGAUGUUGAUGGUGGUCUGACCCAGAUUGACAAAUACCUCUACUCCUCUGAGGACUACAUCAAGUCUGGUGCCCUCUUGGCCUGCGGCAUUGUAAACUCGGGUGUUAGGAAUGAAUGUGACCCAGCCCUCGCACUACUCUCUGACUAUGUCCUCCACAACAGCAAUGUCAUGAGGAUAGGAUCCAUCUUUGGACUGGGCCUGGCCUACGCUGGCUCCAACAGAGAAGAUGUUCUCUCUCUGCUUCUUCCUGUUAUGGGAGACUCCAAGUCCAGCAUGGAGGUGGUUGGAGUGACGGCGAUAGCCUGUGGUAUGAUCGCUGUAGGCUCAUGUAAUGGCGACGUGACCUCCACCAUCGUCCAGACCAUCAUGGAGAAGAACGAGCAGGAACUGAAGGACACAUAUGCCCGCUGGCUGCCUCUGGGCCUUGGACUCAACCACCUGGGUAAAGGAGAGGCAAUUGAGACGACCCUGGCAGCUCUACAGGUCGUACCCGAACCUUUCCGCAGCUUUGCCAACACACUAGUGGAUAUCUGUGCAUAUGCAGGUUCUGGUAAUGUGCUUAAGGUGCAGCAGCUUCUCCAUAUCUGCAGUGAACACUAUGAAAACAAAGACAAGGACAAAGAGGAGGACAAGGACAAGAAAGAUAAGAAGGACAAAGACAAGAAGGACUCUGCUGCUGACAUGGGCUCCCAUCAGGGCGCAGCUGUUCUUGGUAUUGCCCUGAUUGCCAUGGGGGAGGAGAUCGGCUCUGAAAUGGCACUGCGAACAUUUGGACAUCUGUUACGUUAUGGUGAGCCCACCCUGAGGCGAGCAGUACCCCUUGCCCUGGCUCUCAUAUCCGUGUCCAACCCUCGCCUCAACAUCUUGGACACCCUCAGCAAGUUUUCCCAUGAUGCUGACCCCGAAGUCUCCCACAACUCCAUCUUUGCCAUGGGCAUGGUGGGCAGUGGCACAAAUAACGCCCGUCUGGCCGCCAUGCUGCGGCAGCUGGCACAGUAUCACGCCAAAGACCCCAACAAUCUUUUCAUGGUCCGACUGGCCCAGGGUCUGACUCACUUGGGCAAAGGCACACUGACACUCUGUCCUUACCAUAGCGACCGGCAGCUGAUGAGCCAGGUUGCCGUUGCUGGAUUACUCACUGUGCUUGUUUCCUUCCUCGAUGUCAAGAACAUAAUCCUGGGGAAAUCCCACUACAUUCUGUAUGGCCUGGUCGCAGCCAUGCAACCACGUAUGCUGGUCACAUUCGAUCACGAGCUCCGGCCACUGCCUGUGUCUGUCAGAGUUGGACAGGCUGUGGAUGUGGUGGGUCAGGCCGGCAAGCCAAAGGCCAUCACAGGUUUCCAGACUCACACCACACCAGUGUUGCUGGCUCACGGAGAGAGGGCAGAGCUGGCCACAGAGGAGUACCUCCCCGUCACCCCCAUCCUAGAGGGCUUCGUCAUCCUCCAGAAGAACCCCAACUUCAGACCCCAGACUGCACCUUAGGCUUUUUAGCCCAUUCCUCUUCACCCUCUCCCUCUGUGUGUAAGAGUAGCCCCUCUAUGGCUCUUGGAAGUUGUUAUAUUUAGUUCUUUACCGAUGGGCUGAAAAGAGUGCUUUGUCCUCUCACUGUCCUCUGUGGCCCAGUUCCAGCAGUCAUUAAAAAUGGAUUGGUUUGGGGUCACAAAGAGGGUUAAACUGGGACCUGGGACUGGGACCAUCCAUUCUAAAUAUAUGGUUCUUUACACUGCUCUAAGUUUAAUCCAACUAUCACACAUGUUCCAAAUCUGCUGUUUUACUGUCUGGGGGGGGAAACUGUUCAUCACCCUCCUCUUUGUUUUGUUUCAGUCAUCAGUAAAUGAACAACUGCCCGGACAUUAGUGCUUCACACUCACUUUGUUUUAUUUUUUUACAGUCAUUUGUUUGUAAUUACAACAUCUAAAAAUAUGUAUUCCUCUUUUUUUUUGGGCGG